AUAUUUACUAAGUUGAAAAAAAUGCAACUAAUCUCGUAAUAUGAAUGCUAAACAGGAAGAAGUAGUUCAGCGCUCCUCGGCUCUGUUUUAACGCAGCAGACGAUGACCUCGUUAAAACGAAAAGGUUGAAAACUUGAAAUCGUUCGGAAUUUAACAUGGCAGAAACAAAGAUGAAAUGUAUAAGUAUAGUGAAGACCAACCUGCUGCUUAUCUUGACCAUGAUUGGAGUCGGUCUUGGCUUUGGUGCAGGGUUUGUGGCCAGAGAAUUCAAUCCAUCAGCUGAUGGCCUCAUGUGGAUAGGAAUGGCGGGGGAACUCUAUCUGAGGAUGUUGACCUCCAUGAUUGUACCUCUUAUCGUCUCCUCCGUCAUAACAGGGACAGCUUCUAUGGAUCCAAAAUCCAACGGGAAAGUAAGCGCUGUCUGCCUCGUUUACAUAAUGAUCACCAAUAUGGCGCCCACGAUUAUAGGGAGCAUCCUUGUGGUGGCCAUCAAACCAGGUGAGGGUGUCUCAGACGCUAAAAGCCAAUAUAAUUUGACCACAAACCUGGAAACACAAGACAUAUUUGCAGAUUUAUUGAGAAAUUUGGUUCCUUCGAAUUUAGUUGCGGCAACAUUUGAACAAGCACAAACCAAGUAUCAUGAUGAAAAGGUUCCGUCAAAUAACAAUCCUAAUGUGUCGAUUACGACUGUCACAAAGAGUGUUGGAUCCGCUCCUAGCUCCAAUAUACUGGGUUUGGUCAUUGUUAGUGCGGUGUUCGGACUCGCAACCAGUCAUAUGAAGGACGUGGGCCUUCCCUUUAAACUCUUCUUCAGUUCUGCCACGGAGAUCAUCCUCAGGAUUCUUCGCUGGUUAAUUUGGUCCACUCCCGUUGGGGUACUGAGCUUAGUGGCACGGACCAUAGCAGGAUCCCAGAACCUAGAGGAGGACAUGCGGAAGUUAGGGGUGUACUUUGGGACCGUGAUGACAGGGCUUCUUUUUUGUGGAUUUAUCAUUCAACCAAUCACUUACUUCAUCGUGUGUCGGAAAAACCCCUUCCGAUUCUGGUUUUCUAUUCUCGAACCCACCAUGAUAGUGUUUGCUACCUCCAGCACUGCCAUCGCCAUACCGGAAUCCUUUGAGUGUUUGGAGAAAGGGAAUAGCCUAGACAAAAGGGUGACCCGCUUUGUCGUUCCUCUUUCCGCCGCCCUGGGCCGAUGUGGAAGUUCUAUGUACAUCACAGUGUCCUGCUUGUUUGUGGCACAGCUGGUCAACGUUGAAGUGGACUUCGCGAAAGUUGUCAUUGUUUGCAUUUUGACCACCUUCUCCACGCUGGCAGUUCCCUCUGUCACGGGAGCCAGUCUGAUCACCGUCAUCAUUCUACUGACAGCCCUCAACAUCCCUGCCGAAGCAGCCUCCCUCCUCUUUGCUUUGGAAUGGUUUCUCGACAGAUUUCGAUCAGUGGUAAAUUACUACAUACAAACAUUGGGUGUCGUGGUCACCUACGAAAAAUGUAAAACUUCGUUACCAUCAUUAGAAGAAAAAGACGGUCCUUUGGAUGAAAAGAGUGUCGACAUGUCUGUUCCGCAAGGAAACGAACCAGAGAAUGUAGAGAGACCCGAUCAACAAUGCCACCUGUAAAGAUUUUGUAACUUUCAUUUUGCAGGAUAUAUUACAUAUUUAUGCAUGUUUGUACAUACUCUUAGUCCAAUAUGUUUUGAACAAUAUACUAUUGUCUCUAAUCGUUUAAUCUACAGUAACCUACAUGAUCUCAAAAAAAAUCUUAAAGAUCCACCAAUGAAUGUAUCAUGUGUAUAUAUGAAACCUUUCUAAUACUCAUACGGGUAUGAGUGUGUGUUCCUGACGUUUGAGAAGUGUCUACAUAUUUACAAAAUUUUAUCCACUAAAGUUUUUGUAUCUUAAAAGAAAUGAAUAAUAGAAUUUUCUAUGUUGGAAUUUGUUUCUAAUUUCAUGAAUGGUUUGAAGAGAUAUUAAAAUACCGGUAUACUAAGUACAGUACUUGAAAAUGGUUAUCAUUUCGUCAAUUUUCGCCCUAAGAAGACUUAGUGUUUACGUACUUUUGCAAAAACUGAAAGAAAUGGGUCAAUUUGAUGUCAGUUUAAUCAUUUGUAUUAAUAUAAAAAGUUGCAUAAUAUAAUAUAUUGAAUAAUUAUACAAUCUAUUUAUUAAAGUUAUAUUCUGCCCUAUAAAA